AUGUUUUUAUACAUUUAUAUAGUCCUCCUUUUGGAGAUUCCAGCAGCAGUUCUGGGAGUGACUGUGGAUCAAGGUCCAAAGGCUUUGGUUAAGGGAGAGGGCAAAACUGUGUAUCUGCCCUGCAAAGUGACUGGUCUGGGCUCUUCAGACUAUAUCCAUUGGUACCAAAUAAAAGAGGGUGAAGCCCCAUCGAGGCUACUCUAUAUCAAUCAAGGAGGUAUUAUUACUCUUGAUACCAACAAUCCCCAAGCAAAUGACUUCACCGUGGAAAAAACAAAGCUUUAUGAUCUAAAACUGAGAAACACUCAAAAGAGACAUGCUGCCGCUUACUUCUGCACCUACUGGGACUCAAGCAGCCACAACUCCUGGACGACAGAUGUAGACAUGGCACUGUCUGGAAUGAUAACAUUUGGGUUGCUAGUAGUCUUAAUUGAUUGUUUAAAUGGACAAAUUACGCACCCUGAUCCUGUGAUAAUUAAGGCAAGUGGUAGAGCAGCUCGAAUCCAAUGCAAAGUGGAUUCAUCGACCCUUCAGUCCAGCGUUCUCCACUGGUACAGAGCUCCACCAAAGGGAGCUCUCCAACGAUUAAUGUAUUUCGAAGCUGGUUCGUCAAAGGCCAAAAAAGACCCCGACACCCCCCGUAGAUUUUCUGGAUCGGUGAAUGGUGAUCUAGUGGCACUGACUAUCUCAAAACUGGAGCUCAGCGAUGCCGGCUCGUAUUACUGCGCGCUCUGGAGUGGAGACAACACAGUAUUUGGACCUGGAACACGGCUGGUUGUAACCGACCCAAAGAAAGAAACUGUCACGGCACCAGAGUUGACUGGAUACCGAACAUCAAAAAAAAACACUGACAAUCAUGGCAAACAGACAAUGUUAUGCCAUGCCAGUGGCAUGGUUCCUGACUUUGUGACAUUCAAAUGGCAAGAAAAGAGCGGUGCAGGACAGUGGACGGAUGUAUCAGAGGAAAAUGUUGUGGAGCAGAGGAAAGAAAGUCCAGCUGUCACUGUGACAAGUAUGGUGAUUGUAGAUAAAAACAUGGCAGAAAACAAGGACUACCAAUGCAAUGUUACCCAUGAGGGUAACACUGAGAAUCCUUCCAACUCUCUUGAACUGAAGAAAGAUAAAAACAUGGCAGAAAACAAGGACUACCAAUGCAAUGUUACCCAUGAGGGUAACACUGAGAAUCCUUCCAACUCUGUUGAACUGAAGAAAGAAAACAGUAAGCCGGCAAAGGAAUCUAAAAAUGAUGCUCAGAACCCAACAUGUCCACCCAGCACUGCGGAGACCAUAAAAAAGCAAAUAUCAGGAGAUUCAGAGCAAAUACCAAGUAUGUUCUUGUUUGUCUAUGCAUAUGGUGUCAUGCUCAUGAAGAACGGUUUAUUUUUUUGCAUUGUGUCUAUAUUUCAAUUAAAGAGAAAAGCUGGAAAGAACGACAAAAGCUCAGAGACUUAAUGCAUAAGAUAAAUAUCAAGCAAGCAAAGGUUUAUUACAUAAAGCACAUUUCGCUAACUAAAGAAUAGAUGCAUAUCUACAGCAAUAUUAUUUCUGCUUAAAAUGUAUGGCUUUUAAAGUUGUUGUAGAUCUGCUUUGCACAAUUUAUUUUUUCAUCUUUAAAAUGCAAUAUUUUGAUUUUUUUAAAUGUAUA